CAGGUCUCGGGCCCUCAGGCGGAGCGGCGGGCGCCGGACCCCCAGGUGGAGCGACAGGUCUCGGGCCCUCAGGCGGAGCGGCGGGCGCCGGACCCCCAGAGUCGUCUGGCAAGACUGCGGGCACAGAGUCGUCUGGCAAGACUGCGGGCACAGAGUCGUCUGGCAAGACUGCGGGCACCGAGUCAACUGGCGGAACAGCGGGCAUCGAGUCAACUGGCGGAACAGCGGGCAUCGAGUCGUCUGGCAAGACUGCGGGCACCGAGUCGUCUGGCAAGACUGCGGGCAUCGAGUCAACUGGCGGAACAGCGGGCACAGAGUCGUCUGGCAAGACUGCGGGCACCGAGUCGUCUGGCAAGACUGCGGGCACAGAGUCGUCUGGCAAGACUGCGGGCACAGAGUCGUCUGGCAAGACUGCGGGCACAGAGUCGUCUGGCAAGACUGCGGGCACAGAGUCGUCUGGCAAGACUGCGGGCACAGAGUCGUCUG